CUGCUCUGUGCUCUGCUCUGUUCUGUUCUCUCUCUCUCCCUCUCAGUCUCUGUGUUCUGCUUGCUGUUGCUCUUUCCCGGUCUCUGGAUUGAGCAAUUUUUUUGCACUCCCAAAAGGGUUCGAAACCAUCCCCUCUUUUAAGUCCUUUCACCCAAGAAAAAGAAGAGGCAUUAUGGGAAUGACCAAACAGAAUGUGGCCGGUGGCAGUGGCGACAACUCCGGCAUCAACGUGAUGUCGGAUUUGUACACCGCUUCCCUCUCAAUGUACCCCGCCUCUUUGCAGAAGGGCGGCGGGUACAUCAAGGUGAGCCAGCUGCUGAAGCACCUCGAGGUCAACAGUGCCCAGAGGAUCAGCUCUUGGGUCGACUCGAUGAAAGCAUCUUCUCCCACCCAUGUGAAGUCCCCGCCUUCUCUGACCGAAGACAACAAUUCCUGGAUGCUCCACCAUCCUUCGGCUCUGGACAUGUUCGAGCAAAUAAUCGGCGCCUCCCAAGGGAAACAAAUAGUGAUGUUCUUGGACUACGACGGGACUCUUUCGCCGAUAGUCGAUGACCCCGAUCGAGCUUUCAUGUCGAAUAAGAUGAGAACCACAGUUAGAAAGCUCGCCAGGUGCUUCCCUACUGCUAUUGUGAGCGGAAGAUGCAGAGACAAGGUGUACAGUUUUGUGCGGUUGGGUGAGCUGUACUACGCAGGAAGCCAUGGUAUGGACAUCAAAGGCCCAGCAAAAGGCUCUAAAUACAAGAAGGGUGAUCAAGCUGUUCUCUUUCAGCCGGCCAGCGAGUUUCUUCCGAUGAUCGAUGAGGUGUACAAAGAACUUGUAGAGAGAACUAAAUCGACACUGGGAGCUAAGGUGGAGAACAAUAAGUUCUGCGUGUCCGUGCAUUUCCGCUGUGUCGACGAGAAAGAAUGGACUGAAUUGGCACAACAGGUUAAGUCUGUGAUCAAGGGAUAUCCAAAGCUUAGACUGACUCAAGGAAGAAAGGUAUUAGAAAUUCGACCAACCAUCAAGUGGGACAAGGGGAAGGCCCUUGAAUUCUUAUUGGAGUCACUUGGUUUCGCGAAUUGCACCAACGUAUUUCCGGUUUACAUCGGUGAUGACCGGACCGACGAGGACGCGUUCAAGAUAUUGAGAGACAGAGGGCAAGGUUUUGGGAUUCUUGUCUCUAAAAUCCCAAAGGACACCAAUGCAUCUUAUUCUUUACAAGAACCUGAAGAGGUCAUGAGUUUUCUGCAACGUUUGGUUGAGUGGAAGCGGCCAAAUUUAUGUAGGCAACAAAAGGUGUAGAUGAAGGAGCGGGAAUAUUUGAGAGAUCGCGCCCACAGCCUUAAGAAUUUCUGAAGGCAUGUGGUGUCUUGUUCAUGAUGUCGGAAAAAAGAAAUUGAACAAGAUAAUCUCUCCAAAUAAUUUUUUUUUUAACUGUUUUUGUCUUGGCCUUAAGAUGUUGUACAUCUUGUAACAACCUGUCGUACAAGGAAAGAGUUCGUAAUUUCAUA